AUGUCACUUGUGUCCCAAACCCCUACCGUUACGGAAUCCAUCUGGAGCAAGAUUGAACGCCUCGUGUGUGGAGAAAAUUUGCCCGAAGAGGUAUACGUGAAGGGCAACUUUGCGUAUCUCAGUACAUCGGAGACUCCGCUAGCUCGUCGUUUCGGGUUUUACUUGCUCGAUGCAUUCUUUGUGCUGCAAACGUGCACUAUCGUGGCUGACCUGGCAACCGUGCUUAGUGACAUUGGUCUGUUUGGGGAUAACAUGUGCAUCCUUGCGGGGCUGCUGAUGAUGCUCUCGAAACGGUUGCACUGUGCCACGGUCUACGAUGAGCUGGACGAGUGCGUCGAACAACUGCAGGUGUAUCACGAGAGAUACCGUCGGCAGGGUGACGCAUUUGUUCGUGAGAUGCGCCGUAGGGAGACUCAGGAACGGCUGCUUCAGAACGCGUCGAAAUGGAUCGCUACGAUACUCGGCGGGUGCCUGAUUGUAAACGGCCUCUUUUCUCAUGGGGAAAAGCUCAUCCUACGCGCCAGCUACCCUUUCAGCACGGCCACUCCACUCGGUUACGGUUGCGUGAUUCUCUGCCAAGCUUUUCUGAUCGGGAGCGUACUGUUCAAUGUGCUGUUCAUUGACAGCGUCGGCACGCAGGUAUUCAGCCAGAUGGGGCUGAUUUUCGACAUGCAGUGCAUGGAAUUCGAGAUGAUCGGCAUUGAUUUGGUGAUCCCCACCGAGGGUCCGCUUCACGGAGAAGCAACCCUUCGAUGUCAGGUGCAUGGCUUGAUGGCGGAUCACCAGCAGCUGCUUGCCUUCUGUAACCGAGUGAAGCGCUUGUUCGAGCCAAACAUUAUGGUACAGUUCGUGUGCAGCUUGCUCAUAAUCUGCUUGACGGCGUUCGAGCUGAUGUUCACCAAAGGCGACCCAAUGCAGAUGCUUCGCUUCGGUGCGUACAUGCUGACUGCGUUCUAUCAGAUCUUUUUGUGGAGUUUCUUCGGCAAUCUAAUCACCCACACGUCGACAGGCGUGAGUGAUGCAAUGGCCCGUUGCAACUGGCUGGCGUUGGAUGAUGCGUUGAAAAAGGAUCUGCAGUUCACCAUGAUGCGCGCCCAGAGGCCGUUCAUUAUCGAUGUCUAUCGGUUGUUCCCGUUGACGUAUGACUCGUUCAUUGCGAUUCUGAGCCGCUCCUACUCGAUAUGCACCCUGCUGAGGACCAUGGUGGAAUGA